AUGGGUGACCGAAUGUCAGACCAAGAUACCGAUGUGGAUUUUUAUGAUGUUAACGACGCACACCCCAUCAGUUCCAAUGGGGUAGGUCUCUCUGCGGCUGGUCUAUCCAAAGAGCGUAGAAAACUGCUCGAUCUCAUCAAUCGUCUUCAUAGUACAGGCGUUCAGAUUGAUAUGGAUCUGCCCAUGAUAGCAGUCAUUGGUGUACAAAGUGCCGGAAAAUCAUCUCUCAUCGAGGCUAUAUCUGGUGUUACUCUACCUCGUUCGUCGGGAACUUGCACCCGUUGUCCGACGGAAUGCAGGUUAUCACAAUCCAACCAACCAUGGAAAUGUGUAGUUUCUCUUCGCUUCAUCACUAAUGCGCUUGGCCAGCCCCUCGGUCAAGUCCGCAACGAGAACUUUGGAGAUACAAUUACAGAUAAAGCUGACGUUGAGGACCGAGUUCGAAGGGCACAACACGCGAUUCUUAACCCAGAUAAACCUGCAUCGACUUACCUCACAGGAACAUUGGCAUCAGAAGAGAGAGGAUUAUCCUUUUCUCAGAAUUGCGUCUGCCUAGCUAUCUGUGGCCCAGAAGUAGCUGAUCUAUCUUUCUGUGAUUUACCUGGCUUGAUAGCCACCGCAGGUCAAGGUGGUGAUGCCAGUGAUGUCGAGCUAGUCAGAAGUCUUGUAUCCUCAUACAUCGAGAAGCCCAGUUGCGUGAUCCUUUCUACUGUCGCAUGUGAAACCGAUUUCGAGAUACAAGGUGCACAUGAUUUAGCUAAGAAGCUGGACCCUCAAGGAACUCGGACCGUUGGUGUUCUUACGAAACCCGACCGUAUACCGCCAGGCGAAGAAUAUCGAUGGAUGGAAUUCAUCAAGGACGAAAGAGAACGUCUGAUAAAUGGGUGGUAUUGUGUCAAGCAGCCUGAUUCGAAGAGCUUAAGAGAGGGCCUCUCAUGGGCAGGUGCCAGGAAAAAAGAGAAUGAUUAUUUCGCAACGCAGCCAUGGACCUCACUUCCGCCAAUGUAUCAGUCCCAUCUACGGACCAGCAACCUCACGGCGCGCCUCAGCACAAUUCUAUCUGAGCUAAUAGCGUCAAGGUUACCUGGAAUAUACCAGGACUUGUAUGACCUCAUUGAUUCGACUGAUAUGGAACUGCGUAAACUCCCGAAAGCGCCUUCAGUGGAUGCUGCGGGGGAGGUUUUAGAACUUGUCAAUGGCUUUACGCGAGCACUGUCUCGGAGGCUAGAAGGAACACCGGAGGAAGAUGGCUUAUUGCAAAAGAUACGACCGACGCAAAGUAAAUUCAAGCGAGCUAUCCGCGCCACCGCCCCUGAAUUCUGUCCAUUUGGGCUUGGAGAGACAUGGGAUGCUAUCCCAGGAUUUAUCGCCAAUGAGGAGGAUGAGGUACUUGACCGUGCUCAAAAAGCACGCACCAGGGAAUUACCCGACAAUUAUCCAUUCGUGGUGCAAAAAGAAUACAUCAUGCAAUGCAUAGACCAGUGGCGUAAUCCUGCUCUGUCUUUUUUUGAGUCGGUCUACGAGAUUUUAAAGGAGGAUCUUGAAAACGUUGUUGAUUAUCAUUUCGGUAACUUGGGGCGGGGUGCUUUGCAAAACUCCAUCUCAUUAACGGUGAAAGAUCACCUGGACUUAUGCGCUCAACAGACCCAACAACACAUUGAGUGGCUCCUUGCAGUCGAAAAGUCUCCGAACACUCUCAAUGUGCACUAUUAUUCUGACUACAAGGACAAGUUUUUGUCUUUUUAUAAAGGCUGUCGUAAUGAUCGGAACCACGGAAGUAGCCUGGAGAGUUUGAAAUCUUAUCAGACUUCGCAGGAUCCGCAUUAUGAAGACGCAGUCAACAAUGCUUUAUCCGCACUGAACGAGAUGGGUAUCAGUGGCAUACAAGCAGCUGAUCUUGCAAAACUAUUCCCUGUGGACCCAAUGGAACCCGCCCUCAUCAUCAUGGCUGGCGUUAGAGCGUACUUCCAGGUGUCCUACAAGCGUUUUGUGGACAUAAUACCAUUGGCUAUAGAUCACGACCUCGUGUUAGGCUUGGAAAGGGGGAUUCAGAAAGCUAUAGUCGAAGACCUACAGCUUACAGGUCCAGAUGUCCAGGAGCGAUGUCGCUUCCUUCUGCAAGAGCAGCCCGGCAUCAGGUCGAAGCGUGAAGAGUUGGAGAGAAAGAGGAAGAGACUCAAUACCGCUAAGGAGGAAAUACGACAUCUUGGUUUCUGA